AUGGGUCGCAGAAGAGGCGGUCAUAUGGAAUUUUGCUGCUGCUAUCUGCCCAUCAUCAACGCUGGUGCCUACCUCUUGGUGCUUGAGACGGCGUUCGUUGCUCUAGCUGUCGGUAUCUGUGCGCUUGUACCACCUACCAUCGUCGCAGGAGAAGGCGUCAUUCCGUCAUGGUCAAAAGUUCUCGUCGCCACUCUCGGUUUUAUUACGCUCGCUUGGCAGAUCAUCGGCUUGAUUUCGGUGGCACGUCAGAUGCCUACGCUGUACCGCACCUACCUUCGGAUCAACUUUGUGCUCACGUUUGCCAUCAUCAUUGCAACGGUGGCGUUCCUGAUCGUUGCAGCCGCUCAGCAUAACAAGGCAGUCAGUGCCUGCGUAUCCAAGUACGGUGUAAUCCCUGCGAGCUCGCAGUCUUCGUCUUCGCUCUCCCUUCAGAGUCAGUCUAUGGAUGUCUUCUCGCAGUCAGGGCAGGACAUUUGCAACAUCUUCGUGUGGGCACAGACGGGUGUCAUGGCAGGGCUGAUUGUUUUGCUGGGCUUGACACAGUGCUACAUGCUGUUUGCACAGAGAGCAUAUGGCGGAGAACAGAGGAAGGCGUUCAGGGAUAGCAAGGCGAACUACCAGGACAUUCCAAUGAACCCGAGGGACUCGGCUGUCUGGGAGCCCAACCCGAACGAUCCCUACGCCGGUGAUCAACGCGGAUCGUAUAGAGGUUACGACGGACACAGCCGAGACGACCCGUACGGGUCGUAUGCCACUACACCUGGUGGCAGGCACGCCCACACGCCGUAUUGA